AUGGGGUCACACAUUCAAGCAUCAAGAUUUUUAGAUAGUGCUGUAUUGUCUUUAUUUGCUAUGAUUAUAUCGGCGUCUUUUCUUUAUAUGUUUUCAGAAUUUUAUACAUUAUCAAUUGAAUCAAAAAUAUUUAAUAAUAAAAUAAGUCUUAUUUUAUCUCGCUUGUUUCCUUUUAAAAAAACCUUUGAAUAUAAUUUAACGCAUAUAUUACUUCUUACAAUAUGUAUCAUUAUUCUUAGUCUAAAACCCGAUUAUGAUUUUCAUAAUAAGAUAAAUGUAAAAGAGUCAACAAACAAAAAUAUUCAAAAUAAAGAGGAAUAUUCACAAGAAAGUGAGGAAAGUGAUACUAAAAGAAAAGCACGAGAAAAAAGAAAGUAA